AUGCAGCAGCUGCUAAAUCAGCAGCAGCAACGCCCGCAGCAGCAGCAGCAGAAACAGCGACAACACCCCCAUCAACAGCAACACCAGCAGCAGCAGCAGCAACAGCACCAUCAACAGCAGCAACAGCACCAUCAACAGCAGCAGCAGCAACACGACUAUCAACAGCAGCAGCAGCAACAUCACCACCAACAGCAGCAGCAGCAGCAACACGAGUAUCAACAGCAGCAGCAGCAGCACGACUAUCAACACCAGCAGCAGCAACACCACCACCAACAGCAGCAGCAGCAACACCACCAUCAACAGCAGCAGCAGCAGCAGGAGCAGCAGCUAACUUUGAAAUCUCUUAGCAGCUUUGAGAACAUCUCUGCAUAG